AUGAGAGGGAAUCCGGUGAAGCCGUUCAAAUUUCGGAUCCCAUCAAACACGGACCCCUCCAGACACCCUUUCAUGAAUCCAACGCAGAACCUCGUAAUGAUUCAGGAAAAAAAGUGCUUGGAGGGGUCCGUGGUUGAGGGGAUCCGAAAUUUAAACUGCUCCAAGAUUCCCUCUCAUGAAAGUGAAGGCUUGCAGAAGUUUGAUGAUGCUGAAAUUACCAUUCAAGAUGACGAUUUUAUUAAGAUCAGUAGAACUAGCCAUUACACGAGUAUGAUUUCGUGGGAAGCACUCGGUCCCAAGCGUAUUAUUGAUGCACUGAAACUUAUCAAUGAUGAAAAUGUUGGCAAAGCUUGUGAAAUAUUUAUGGUGAAUCCUCUUCCCAGACACGAAUAUGACGAUGCUGUGGUGGGGAAGGACACUGAGAUGGACAUUAUCACUUAG